UGUUCUAAAACAGCAUAAGCAGGUCAGUCAUUUAUCACAGGAACCCGCUGGACUCAGUUAACAUGUAGGUUUCAACAUGUAGGACCGUGAGGAACGUGCAGCAUCAUCCUGCAGAGAACCUGAGUCGGUCAAAGUGCAACCAGAUUGUUAAAAACACUCAGUGGGGAAGAAUUACUGCAGUCAAACGAUGAAAAGGAGAAACGUGAAAAGCGACGAUUCGUCCCCCGAUAGGAAGGACAGGAGGGCGGCUGGCGGCCGGAGGAAAGAGGGGACUCAGUCCCCCUGGUGGUUAAAACGGGGAUUACUGGCUGCUGUCGCUGUCUGCAUCCUGGUGCCUGUCACAUAUAAAAUAAUCCCUGUAUUGAUUCAGGACAUUAUUCACACCUACCGACUCAGCGUACCGUUCUUUGAGGAUCUGAGCCGGCCUGCUGAUUUCUCCCUCAAUCACACCAUCAACAUGUACUUAACGUCAGAGGAGGGCAUUUCCCUGGGCGUAUGGCAUACAGUUCCUGAAAGUCGGUGGAAAGAAGCUCAGGGGAAAGACCUGUUGUGGUACCAGAACACAUUAAAUGAUGGAAAUCCGGUUUUUAUAUAUCUGCACGGAAACACGGGAUCAAGGACAGCUCCACACCGAGUUGGAGUGGCAAAAUUACUGAGUGCGCUGGGUUACCAUGUGGUGGUGCCUGACUACAGAGGUUUUGGAGAUUCCACCGGAGAGCCGACUGAAUCCGGCCUGACUACAGACGCCAUGCAUGUGUACAACUGGGUCAAAGCACGCAGCGGUGACAGCCUGGUGGUCAUCUGGGGACACUCUCUUGGCACUGGGGUGUCCUCUAACACUGCAGUCAAACUGCUUGAGGAAGGCAUUGUUUGUGAUGGUGUGAUCCUGGAGGGGGCAUUCAAUACUGAUCAACAACAUAUGCCAUAUAAUAUAUUAAGCUGGUAUUACUGGAGAUUUCCAGGCAUUAAGCGCUUGUUCAGUUUCCUAUGGGAAGGAAAAAUGCCCGUCUUUCCCACAGAACACAAUUUGAAGAAAAUGAAAAGUCCGAUAUUGUUCCUCCAUUCAGAGGACGAUCACUUAGUUCCCAUUGAGAUUGCUCGUCGGACCUAUGAGGUUGCUGCAAAGGCCCAAAGUAAAGACAGAGUCAAGCUUGUGACAUUUGACGGUUCUCUGGGGUAUCUACACAACGGCUUGUAUCGGGAUCCAAAGCUGCCUGGUGUCUUAAAGGAGUUUGUGAAGUCGUUGUAGCGUCGGAAACAACACUGGGACCUUGGAGAAAGGAUGAAUGCAACAUGAACCUAAAGUAUUUUUAAGGUGUCCUCCUCUGAUGAGUGUAAUUUUUCUGAGAUCAAUUAAAUACAAGCCAAAACAGCAAAGCAAGGAGCUCUGGAAAUGAUGCCAGAUACAAAUAAAGUGAUUUCCUUAUCAAUUGCUUGCAUGUUGGAUCCAUCUUUUAGCUACUUUGCUGAUCCUUUUCGACAUAAAUGGGUGGAAAUGUAGCUUAAAUGAUAACUUUUUCACUUUAUGUGUUUUUGUGUGGCUAUGACACACCAAUUAACCAAUGGAGAAUUUAGAUCACCCAGAAAACAAUCUUGAGAAAAACUCAAAUGGUUGAAUUUCCACUUUAAGAGGAAAAUAUUAAAAGAUAUAUCCAAGAAACCCAGAGACAUAUUUGGUGUACUAUUUUAUUUUUUUGUAUAUUUGUUCACAUGUAUCUUUGAUGGCAUUUUCUGAAUUUUCCAUGAAAAUUUGAUAAUUUGGUAAUCAACACAUUGGCUAUCACCAGAAGGGGGCAGUAUUACAUUACAUUACACUUUGAUAUAAUCCAAAUACUUAUGUCAACAAUCAUCACUUAUAAUAAGGUGCUAAAGGUUAGGUUUUUCAAUUUACUAGUUUAGGAAUACAAAUACUAAAUAUUGUUUCAGACGUUCAUGUGUUUUCAUGAGAAUAUUUCUUUAAAACAAUAUAUUAAAAAUGCAAACUAU